GUGUACCUUCUUGCAUCAGGUUCUUCUUCCUCGCUCUUGCCUGGUUGUUGUUGUGCAGACAUGUCUCAUCGCAAAUUCCACGCACCGCGCCAUGGACAUUUGGGCUUUCUUCCCCGCAAGCGUAGCAAGAGGCACAGGGGCAGAGUGCGAUCGUGGCCUAAAGAUAACCCCGGCCAACCGGUGCACCUCACCGCCUUCCUGGGCUACAAGGCUGGCAUGACCCACAUCCUCCGAGAGGUGCACCGUGCUGGCCAGAAGCAAUCAAAACGAGAGCAAGUGGAGGCAGUUACCAUCAUUGAGACCCCCCCGCUCAUAGUGGUGGGAGUGGUGGGCUACAUCCGCACCGUGCGGGGUUUGCGUCCCCUAAAGACCAUCUUUGCUGCGCAUCUGAGUGACGAGUGCAAGCGCAGAUUCUACAAAAACUGGCACAAGAGCAAGAAGAAGGCCUUCACCAAGCACAGCAAAAAGUGGCAGGAUGAGAGCGGGAAGAAAGCGCUGGACCAGGACUUUGCUCGGAUGAAGAAGUAUUGUUCGGUCAUACGGGUUCUUGUUCACUCUCAGAUGCGAUUGCUGCCCAUUAGGCAGAAGAAGGCUCACAUCAUGGAGGUGCAGUUAAAUGGGGGGAGCGUCCCAGACAAGGUGGAUUGGGCAAAGGAGCGACUGGAGCAAGCCGUGCCCGUCUCGGCCGUCUUCCACCAGGAUGAUAUGAUUGACGUCAUCGGGGUCACCAAGGGUCACGGCUUUAAAGGCGUGACGAGUCGCUGGCACACAAAGAAGCUCCCGAGGAAGACUCACAAGGGCCUGCGGAAGGUGGCGUGCAUCGGAGCGUGGCAUCCCGCUCGUGUGGCUUUCACCAUAGCUCGAGCCGGUCAGAAGGGCUACCACCAUCGGACUGAGAUCAACAAGAAGAUCUAUCGAAUUGGCAAAGGUGUUCACAUCCAUGAGGGAAAGGUGAUCCGGAACAAUGCCUCCACUAACUAUGACAUCAGCCAGAAGACCAUUACUCCCAUGGGGGGGUUCCCACACUACGGUGAUGUAAAUAACGAUUAUGUUAUGGUGAAGGGCUGUGUGGUCGGCACCAAGAAACGUGUCCUCACCCUCAGGAAGUCUUUGCAUGUGCAAACGUCUCGCAAGUGGACGGAAGCCAUCGAGCUCAAGUUCAUUGACACCACGUCCAAAUUUGGUCACGGUCGCUUCCAGACCGCACUGGAGAAAAGAGCAUUCAUGGGCCCUCAAAAGAAGGACGCCCUGAAGAUGCUGCCAGAGCUUCUGCCAGAGGAGACUCAAAUUUGACUUUUCAAAGCUCAAUUUUCAUGCAGAAAGAUCUCACCAACAGGAUUGUUUUUGAAUAUUUAUUGGAAAAAAAAAACAGGCAUCAACACAUUUUAAAAGUGGCAAAACUUGCAGAAAAUAACAGUAAUAGACUGGUAAUUUUUGAAUACAUAUUGAAAAAAACAAGCAACACAUUUUAAAAGUGGCAAAACUUUAGUAACAUUUCAGCAGAAAAUAACAGUAACAGACUGGUAAUUUGUUGGGAAUUUUACCUUAAUUCCAUUUUUUAAUUU